GUGUUGAUUUCUAUUCCUUAAAUUAGGUGUACAGAAUCGCAGACUUAAGCCGUGGUGUUUAGCUAUAUUAUAAGUGAAACGAAGCCACUGAAAGACAAAAAUGGCUCUUAUGACGAUGAUAGCCCGGGUCGUCGACGGUCUUCCUUUGGUGGGGACGAUGCAGGAAGAUGAACAGGUAUCCGGGAGAAGCGUGCUGGAGUACCAGAACCAAGCCAAGAUGCUGUUUCGCAAGCUGAGCCACAAUUCGCCUAGCCGGUGUAGCAUAGAAACGGGUCCGUACCUAUUCCAUUACCUAAUUGAGAAUGAUGUGUGUUAUUUGGUCAUGUGUGAUAAGUUAUUCUCCAAACGUAAUGCAUUCAACUACCUAGAAGACAUCGCUCAAGAGUUCAACAACAACUACGGUCGCAGGGUAAACUCGGUAACGCGACCAUACGCGUUCAUCGAGUUCGAUAUUUACAUUCAGAAGGCCAAAAAAUCUCUCACCGACCGGAGGAGAAACAUCAACACGAUCAACACCCAACUGCAGGACGUGCAAAGAAUAAUGGUUCAAAACAUCGACGACGUUCUACAACGAGGCACGGUGCUGUCGGAGUUGGACACGAAAACACAAAAUCUGUCAAUGCUAUCGCAAAAGUAUAAGAAGGAUGCCACUUACUUGAACCGGAAAUCACUCUACGUAAAAGGAGCCGUCGCUAGCAUCGUGUUGAUUGUGUUUGUUCUUUAUUUUUGGGUUAUUUAAUAAGCUCUUAGAUGAAGGAAUACCAUCACUAUACCAUUGGCAGUGGAUUCAGAACAGGCAAAUCGUCAAUCUUUGCCACACAUUUCGGAACUGUUAUGAGUUUGAGUUUAUAUUCUACUUUUCCUUACAAAUCGGCUAACACACAGCAAAAACAGGGAACCACUUUGUCUUAGACUAGGCCCAACGAGAACAAAACAAAAUUGCUUUUUUACCUAUGUUUUUAGUGUAAGCGUUUUUGAUGGAACAUUGAUUGCAGCACGUAUUACCGUACUUCCUUGUUUGACUUUUUACGCAAUAUAUUUGUCUACAACUUGGAAUCGUAGCUGUGAUUAUUAUAAUCUUAAGACAGUUUUGGCAGACAAUACGUAACGAUAAAUAAUCAUUCUGUCUGUCGAAAAUUUUCCGGUUAUAUAGUUGGUCUGGCAUGGUGACAGAGGACAG